CCACGGCUGGCUUUUCUUCGCUGCCUUGGCCACUAUCUUGACGCCUAUUCCUCCUCGCUCUCCAUAUUAUCCUUCUAUCUGCGCAUCUUCAACCUCUCGUUCGACCUCACAGAUCUCCCUCCGCCUCUCUACACAGCUUCACCUCCCCCGCACACCAUGAACAUCCUCGAGUGGGCUUUCGGUAAGCGCAUGACGCCUGCGGAGCGUCUGCGCAAGAACCAGCGCAUGCUGGACAAGGCCAUCCGCGAACUCGACCAGAUGCGCGUCAAGCUCGAGAAGCAAGAAAAGACCCUCAUCCAGCAGAUCAAGACGAGCGCCAAGAAUGGCCAGAUGGGCGCAUGCAAGAUUCAAGCCAAGGAUCUGGUCCGUACCAGGCGAUAUGUUGAGAAGUUUUACGCCAUGCGCAGCCAGCUACAGAAGAUCUCGUUGCGUCUUCAGACCUACCGGACGAACGAACAGAUGAUGCAAGCUAUGAAGGGUGCUACCAUGGCCUUGGGCAGCAUGAACAAGUCGAUGAAUCUCCCCCAGCUCCAACGGAUCGCUAUGGAGUUUGAGCGAGAAAACGAUAUUAUGGAACAGCGACAAGAGAUGAUGGACGACGCAAUCGACGAUGCCAUGGACGUGGGAAUCGAAGAAGAGGGCGACGAGGUGGUGGAACAAGUGCUGGAAGAGAUUGGAAUCGACUUCAACCAGGCUCUCGGAGAAACACCUACUGCAUUAGGAAAUGCUGCUGUACCAGAAGGCAAGAUCGCUCAGGCAGUGGGUGGAGGCGGUGGCGGCGAUCCUGUUGACGAUGACCUCCAAGCACGCCUCGAUAGCUUACGGAAGUAGACGACGGAUCGAGUACCGAAGAAUAUGGACACGGUUCAUCCUGAAAGAUGGAUGCUGCUCCAUUAUCUUGGAUAAUUCGCCGCCGUCCUGAACCGCAGAGUCGAACGAGACAGCGACAGAGCCGAUAUUAUGGCCGGGAGGGGCAUUUGGUGUUGCCAUUCUUACAAGGGUGCAUUGGUGUCUGGAGAAUCGUGUUAUGAUCAGUCAACUUUUCAGCCUUUUGACGCAGAGUUUCCUGCUGUUUAUAGAAAGAUAAUCAUGGAUGGGCUUCUUUUUGCCGAGUUGGUGUUUGCUCCAAAAGAGCGCGGACGCUCCUUGUCUCUGGAAUUAUUUCCUAAGGCGCAAACCCAUAUCCGUUUUUGAAUCUGCUUCUUUGUUUAA